AUGUCGCAAGUUCACCAGACCACACCAUCAAACCUGACCGAGGGCUACCCGGUGUCCAGCCUGACUCUGGUGGUCCUGCUGCUGAUCCCCUGCGUGGUCAUCCUGCUGCUGCUGAACUGUCUGUUUCUGGGAUAUAAAUUGUUGAUAUUGUCUAAAAAGAGUAGCAGGCUGGAGGACGUGGAGGGGAUGCGUCUCCAGUCCCUCCUCCACAUGAGCCGAGGGUCAGACCAGGUCUUCCCCCCGUUGCCCCGAAGAGCCUACAUGUCUCUGUCGGAGCCCGUCCUGCCUCACCCGGUCACCUCCUCCCGGGCCUCGUCCAAAGAGAAGCCGGGUUUGGAGCACAGGAUCCGGCUGCUGAGACCCGACGGCGCCACUGGGUCUGGUUCUCUGAGGGCCCCCAGUACCAUCAGGGCCACGUCCCGCCUCGACCACAGGGGCCUCGCUGUGUACAGUCAGAGCGCGCCUCUCCUGCAGCGGCCCUCCAGCGACUCUGAACCCGAGACCAUAAGAGUCCACAUGGUUCCGCCGAACUCCCCCAUGCAGGACUUUGUGAAUGAAGACCACCUUUGCAGCAGCAGCCCCUACAACACACGGAUCGACCAGAACACCGCUGCUGCCGUUCAUCUAUUCGACAAAAUGAACUCUGAGCUUUCAAACUCUCUCUCUGAAGUCUCCUGUAUCCUCACGUCCGCAGUGGGGUCAGGACUGGACAGUGACUUCGGAGCCAGUGCAGGUGUGUCUCUGAGGAUCCUCUCUGCAGACAGUGACGGUCUGUCCAACGGCGUCCUUGCGUCUGCCUUGGAGUGGGACUACUACGACCCGUGUUACGUCAAACAAAACCAUAUUCCCAGACAGAAGCAUCCCAGGCCAGUCAUGCACACAAAACAGUAUUGGGUAUAG